AAAGUACACAGAAUACUGACCAAUCAGCGCCCUCAACACAGGGGCGUCAUCGGCUGCUCGGGCGAGAUCGUCUACAGUAAAUCAGGAACUAACUUACACUGAGCUGCGGGGGUCUUUGGUUAUAGAUGCAAGCACCUCGGCACGCCGGCAGGAGACCUCACCCACAGGAGGACAUUUUCUGUAUGCGAGUCAAAGCCCCCGUCCGUGGAGUUUUUACAAGGUUUCCUCAUUUCCGCCAUGAAGGCGUUGUCCCCGCAGAAGGCCGACGUGGCCCCAGGAGACCAGCGGCGGGUCGCGUGGGGGAGAAGCUUGUCGUCCAGCCUCGCUCCCCCGUGUCUGGAAAAUAAGCUCCUGGCCCGGACCUCCGCGUCGACGCCUCGGCCCGGCUCGCCCCUCCUCAGCUGUUCGUCGACGGCUUCCUCCCGGCCCUCCCUGCAACCCUCCGGCCUCUCGUCCACCGCGUCCUCCCUCCUCGCCGCGUCCCUCGCCCGCCGGCCGCCGGGCCCCCCCCGCCCCUCUCCUCUCCUCAGCACCGAGAACAGGCUCCUGACUGACCGUUCGCCCGGCUUCUCCUUCUCCCUCACCUCCUCCGCAUCCUUCCCAAAUGACCCUCAGCUCUUCACCUCCCUGGCCGGCGGUCCCCCGCUGCCCCGCGCCGUGGGGGGGGAGCAGGGGAGUCGCGGCGAAGGAGACGGAGGCCCGAACGUGUUGGAGUGCUCUUGUGAAGAAACAAGUGUGCAGGACUCCGAAGAAGAAGAUAUUUUGCCAGAGGAGGAGAAGGAGGAGGUGGAGGAUGAAGUGCGGGUAGUGACAGUGUUACCCGCCCAGGAAGCGGAGUCAGGCGACAAGGAACCCGAUCAAACUGCGUUCAUCAAACAAGAGGAAUUCGCUGAGGUCGACCGAGCAGAUGAAAAUAUGGAGGAGAAGCUGCAAGAUAAAAAGUAUCUGCUGCUGAACGCGGUGUGCUGCUCCCUCGUCAAUAAGAGCACAGCACCGGGACAGAAGGACUGGGACUCGGAGGGGAGCGUUUGGACCAAAGUCAUCCGCCUGGCCAAGGACAUUUGUGUCCGCGACCCGCAGUUUCUCCUCAAGGUGGCGGUUUACACCCGACAGGAGCUCAACAUCCGCAUCACAGCCAACUUCCUGCUGGCCCUGGCCGCCAACCUGCCGCCCGCCAAGUCGCACGUGCGCCGAUACUUCUGCGCCGCCGUCCAGCUGCCCUCGGACUGGCUGGAGGUCGUCCGGAUCUACAGCGCGUGCUUCAGCCGCUCCCUGCCGUCCUGCUUGAAGAAGGCGAUGGCCGACAAGUUCAAGCAGUUCAACGAGUAUCAGCUGGCCAAGUACAACACGCGCAAACACCGCUGCAAACACAACCGCAACCGGCCCAAGUCCAAGAAACCGAGCGACGAGCAGAUGAAAAAGUGGGCGAACCUGCUCCGAUCAGACGAGUCCAUUCUGAAGAAGUUUUUGAAGGAAGACGGCAGCAGAGCCCCGGUGGAUAAAAAGCAGAAUGAGUUCAGUAUAAAGAAGAUGAUCGAGAAGUUUCACAUCAAAGAACCUGCUGAACAUGUGAUGGCCAUUCUGGGGAAGAAGUAUCCCGCCGACCCGAAGGCGUUCACCCGCAGCGGGAUGAAGGGCUCGUGGGAGCGGGAGCGAGCCGGGCAGCGGAUGAAGCUCCGCGAGCCGGAGACGUGGGAGCGGCUGCUCAGCCUGGAGGGCAACAAGGCCGCCACCUGGGAGAAGCUCAUAGACAACAAGUCUCUUCCAUUCAUGGCCAUGCUGAGGAACCUGAGGAACAUGAUCACCAGGGGCAUCAGUGAGGCUCACCACAAGAAGAUCCUCAGCAGGCUGACCAACAAGAAAGCGGUCAUUCAGAGCCGUCAGUUUCCCACCAGAUUCCUCGCUGCCUACAAAGUCAUCAUGGAGCUCAACACUUUGGCCUUGGCGUCGAAGCAGGCGCCCCCCGUUGCGUGGGUCGACUGUGUCUCUGCACGCAGCGAGCAAGAGUUCACCGCCGCCCUGCUGGACCGUUACCGCGGCGCCCUGGAGGCGGCCGCGCAGCUCGCCUGCCGCUACAACGUGCCGCCGCUGCCCGGGCGCACCGUGGUCGUGCUCGCCUGCGACAUGGACGGCAGGAACCCGUGUCCGAAAGUGGACUUCUGCCUCCCGCCGGACCCCGGGCAGAAGGACCAGGACCAGGACGAGGAAGAGGAAGAGAGCGGCACGAAGCCAGAUGAGAGCCCCUCUGUCUGCGAGGCGGCGGCUUUGCUGUCGCUGAUGAUUGCCAGCAGCGCGGAGGACUGCCGCCUCUGCUUGUACAGCUGGAAGAACAGUGAGGAAGUCGAGCUGGAGUCCGACGUCCUUCUGGACAAUGUCAGAAGCCUGGUGAAGCGGAUGAAGGCCUUUUCCGAAAUGCCGUAUGAAGAGAGGCGCUGCCAUUGCAUCACCACGAUGCUCAGCAGGUCCAACCAGGUGGACAACAUCAUCGUCCUGACCGACCAGUGGACGUGUCUCAGACUCCAGUGGGCCAUCGAAACUUACAGGAGGGACGUAAACAACAAAGCCCUCGUGGUGCAAAUCUACACGCAAGACGGAGAGUCAGAGCUGGUGGAUGACAGGAACUGCGUGAAGCUGUACGGCUUCAGUGACCAAAUACUGAGGUUUGUGGCCGAGCGCGGAUCCUCCAGGCUGCUGGACCACGUGGAACAUUUAGACAAGGUCUACAACAUCCCGCCGCCCGAAGGCGCCCGGGGGCCCGAGGCCGCGAACGCCGUCGUCCCGAUGCCAGCCAGCCCCAAACUGAGGUGGCGCUGCGUGCGAGUGUUCGUCUCCUCCACCUUCCGGGACAUGCACGCCGAGCGCGACGUCCUGGUGCGCGGCGUGUUCCCGGAGCUGCGGCGCCGCGCCGCCUCGCGCUGCCUCCACCUGCAGGAGGUGGAGCUGCGUUGGGGCCUGACGGAGGAGGAGUCGGGGCGGGCCGCCGAGCUGUGCCUGACGGAGGUGUGUCGCAGCCAGAUGCUGGUGGGAAUCCUGGGGGAGAGGUACGGCCUGGUGCCCCCCCGCCCGCUCCUCCCCGAGCUGCCGCGGCACCGCUGGCUGGCGUCGGCGCCGGCGGGCCUCUCCGUCACGGAGAUGGAGAUCCGUCAGUUCCAGGCUCUUCACCCCGACGCGGCGCCGCAGCGGAUGUUCUGCUACUUCAGAGAUCCGAGCGUCGCCAGCUCCGUUCCGGUGGCUUGGAAGUCUGACUUUGUCCCUGAGUCGAAGGAGGCGGAGUCUAAAAUGGCGUCUCUGAAGGAAAGGAUCCGGGCGAGUGGAGUCAAGGUCACUGAAAAUUACCGUUGUGAGUGGAGCGGCGUCGUGGAGGGGAAACCGUAUCUGAAACAUCUGGACGCCUUUGGCGACGCUGUGCUGGAAGACCUGUGGGCGGCCGUAGAAAAGCUGUUUGUGGAAGAGGAGGAGGACGAGGCGGCGUCCGACGCCACGGAGCAGGAGGUCCACCAGGAGGCGCUGCGGAGGCAGUUCUCCGGCCGGGCGAAGCUGCUGUCCGCGGCCGCGGGGGCGGCGGAGCAGGCCCGGAGCAAAGGGGGGCUGAUGGUGGUGGAGGGCGGAGCCGGGGAGGGAAAAACCAUGUUCAUGGCCGCUCUAGCAGACAGCCUCAGGACCAGGUCCAACCUCGCCUGUGACGUCGUCGCCUACUCUGCAGCCGCCAGCCAAUCGGCUCGCUCCGUGGAGAACCUGCUGCGAUUCCUCGUGCGGCGCUUGCGGAGGAUGAGCGACGCGGGGGAGUCGCCGCCUCUUCCCCAUUCUUACAAGGAUCUGGUGUCAGAAUUUCACUCCAACUUGAGUGACGUGAAGAAGGAAGAACCUGUGGUGCUGCUCGUCGAUGGAGUGGAUCUCCUCCAAGAUGCCAGAGGUCAGCUCAACUCUGAUUGGAUACCGCAGCAGCUUCCGCAGGGAGUUUGUUUGGUGUUGAGCAUCACAAGCAAAGCUCCUCUGUUGAAACCGCUGGGCGAGAAAAGGGGCGCCGUCCUGUUCUCGCUGGCGCCGCUCACCACGCAGGACCGCAAGGACAUUGUGCGGGAGGCACUGGACUCCUUCGGGAAGAAACUCAGCGACUCUGCCUUCAACAACCAGCUCCAGACGCUGGUGAUGAAGAAGGGAGCCGUGAGUCCUCUCUACCUGCACCUGGCCUGCGAAGACCUGAGGAGCUUUGCCUCCUUUGACAAGUUGAAGGAGAGCCUGCAGAGCUUACCUCAGUCUCUGAGCCAGCUGGUGCGUCGCAGCCUGGAGCGACUGUGCACGCGGUUCAGAGGCGAGCGGGGGCUCCGCUGGGCGCUCGCCGCCCUCACCGUCAGCGCCACCGGGCUGAGGGAGGGAGACCUGUACGCCGUGCUGAACGCGUGCGGCGGCCUGUCCUCGCGGGAGGGGCGGUCGGCGUGGCGGGACGCGCUGCGUCUGUCCAGGGAGCCCGAGGGACGGACGCCCAUGGCCACCUUCGCCCGCAUAGCGCAGGGCCUGCGAAGCCUGAUCGGUGCGCCCCAGUGCCGCGGCGCCGACGACCUGCUGGCCCUGACCCAUCCGGAGGUGAGGGGGGCCUUCGAGGACUUCCUCCUCCCAACGGAGAGCGACCGGACCAGAGCUCACCUGGUGCUGGCAGCUCACCUGUGGGCGUCGGCCGACCCGCAGGGCGCGGGUACCUUCCUCCUCUGCGAGGCCAACGCCGUCAUGCAGCUGCCUGCCCACCUGAAUCAAAGCGGCGAGCUGGAGGCGCUCCGUUCUCUGCUGUCCAGCUACUACUUCCUGUAUGCUAACGUGCGCCACGGGCUCCUGCAGCAGCUCAGGGAGGCCUACGGCCUGUGCGACCACGAGGACACGUCUGCACCCUCGCUCGGCUCUCGGGGUCGCCUGGACGACUGCCGGAGCUUCCUGCGGCGGCACGGCGCCCUCCUCUCCUCGUGGCCGGCUCUGUUCCUUCAGCAGGCCCUCAACGAGCCCCCGGAGACCGCGGCUCACGCCUGGGCGCGAGGCCUGGCGGGCGGCGGGGGGGCGCGGGUCGUCGAGUGGCUGAACAACGACGGCGGCGCCGUUCUCCAGGAAACCAAUGAGCUCGUGUCGACGUUCUCCUCGGUGCCGACCUGCGUGGUCGGGAGCUCGGGGGGAGAGCUCGCCGUGGUCGGCACCGGACGCGGGACGCUGCACUUCAUCGACACCCGAACCGGACACGAAGUGAAAUCGCUGGUGAGCAGCUGUGACGGCGUCUCGAGCUGCGUCUUCUUGAAGGACGGACGUCUCGCCACCACCUCCUUCGAUGGACGGAUAGAGAUCUGGGACGUCGCCAAUGGCUGCCGGACCGCUCUCAUCCAGGGACACGCUAAUGUGAUAACAGGAAGUGACCUCACCGCGGACAAGAAGCACCUGGUGACGGUGUCUCUGGACUUCAUGCUAAAAGUUUGGUCCUCUACUAAAGGCCACGAGGUGGCGUCCCUGCCCAGCUCCAGCCCUUUGAACUGUGUGACCUUUGACCCGGAGGGUCACCUGCUGGCUGCCGGUUGCUGGAAUGGGAACGUGAUCGUGUGGAACUGGCUCCAGAAUACAACCCUUGCUUCCCUGGCGGGUCACCGGCGCUCCGUGCGCAGCCUCUGCUUCUCCCCCUCCUCCUCCUCCUCCUCCUCCUCCACGCUGUGCUCCGGCUCCAUCUGCGGGGAGGUCCGGGUGUGGUCGGUGCCCAGCGCCACCUGCGUGGGGUGUUUCCAGGCUCACCGCGGCGCCGCCCAGGCCCUCGCCUUCCUGGACGGAGGACGCACGCUGCUCAGCGCCGGCGCCGAUCGCCUGCUCCAGCUGUGGUCAGGAGGACUCGGACGUUCGGUCACGGCGUUAAAAAGUGACGAGUGCGAGCCGGAGCCUCCUCUGAAGAAGCCGAAGUCGGUAGCGUCUGAGCCGGCCGCUCUGUGCGUCGCUGUUAACGGAGACUGCGCCGCUGUCGGGUACCACGGCGACGGCAUCAAGCUCUUCAGUCUCGACUCAGGGAGGAAGAUGUGGGACUCGGGCGGCCUGGAUGUGUCCAUCCUGAGCCUGCUGUGGGUCGCUCCGGGCGCCAGAGAGCAGAGCCAACCCCGGCUGCUGUUGUCCGCGGGAAGCGACAAGCGCGUGAGGGUCUGGAGGCGAGAGGGCGGGGACACGGGGCUGCUGGGAGGUCUGGAAAUGUGGGGGAUGUUCAACGUGCAGCCAGGCGCCGUCCAGGCGAUGGCUCAAAACUCCACGUACCUGGCCACGGCUUCAGACGAGUGCUCUGUCGCUCUGUGGUCGUUGAGCGAUCUGGCCCUCGACCCCUCGCUCCGGCCUCACGCGCUCCUGAGCGGCCACAGCGGGGCGGUCACCUGUCUGGCCUUCAGCCCCGACGGCGGACAGCUGCUCUCCGGUGGAAAGGACAAGGCCCUGCUGCUGUGGGACGUCGGUUCGUCCCCCGCAGUCCUCUCCAAGUCGCUCCUUCACUGCCACAAGGACUGGAUCACCGGCUGCGUUUGGACCGCAGACUGUGUGAUCAGCUCGUCGAGCGACGGGGGCCUUCGUUCGUGGGACCUGUCGGCCGGCCGCUGCCUGGGAGAAAUAAACCUGAGGAACCCUCUCGCGUCCAUCUGCUGCCUGGGCCGCUACGUGAUGGCCGGCGGCGCCGAGGGAACGCUCCACGUUUGGAACUGGGAAACCAACGUGGAGAUCUGCCACAUCGCCGCCCACAAGAAAAGUAUCCACCACUGCUCGCUCCUGCCGGACGCAGACCAGAGCAAAAAAGUCAACCCGGAGGAGAUGACUGUUCUCACAGCUUCUGAGGACGGCAGCGUGCAGCUCUGGAAACCACUACAGGUGGAGCACUUCGGCACCUUGCAGGGUCACAGCGCCGUGUGUGGAGUCGUCCUCAAGGAAGGACUCCCGGAGUUCCUCUCGGUUUCCCAAGACCGCUCGCUGCGGCGCUGGACGCGCACGACAGAGAGGCCCCCCAGCCUGAGAGGACCGGUCGCCGCUCUGUGCUUCUCUCGGGGAGGCAAUUGGCUCCUCGCGGGUUACGAAUCCGGGUUGCUGGAGGUGUGGCGGCACGGCGCUCCGGUCGGCCAGAAGCAGGCAUCGGGCGGCACCCUCACAGCCGUCUGCUCCAUGCCCGACGAGCGCUUCGCCGUCAGCUACGAGGAGCUCGCCGUGGACGUGUGGAAGGUGGCGUGGAAUCAACAACGCCACCUCGCGAGCCUGGUGAAGGUGACCACGUACUCGGUGGAGUCGCCGGUGGUCCUCCUCGACUACUGCUCCGUCCUGAUGGGGGUGUCGGACACCGGGACCAUAUUCGACGUCACAAAGGACUCCGCCUCAUACGGGAAUUACAGCGUCUUGAGCUGGGAUCAGAACUGCCGCGUUUUGGGGAUGACGCAUAACAGCGAGAACAGCCUGUGGCUGCUGGGCCACGCUGAAGGAAAUCUCAGAAUUGGUUUCAUCUUUGCUAUGGGCCCUAAAAUUGGUUUCCAAUCAGCUUUCGGCUCAAUUAACCUAGAGAUUGACAAGGAGGAGGCAGAGGAGGAGAAGGAGGAGGCGGAAGAGGAGGAGGAGAAGGAGAAGGAAAAAGGGAGUCCGCCAACAGCUGGAUCUUUGGACAAAGAGUUUGUCGUGUGGGGAGACGCCAAUGGCAACAUGUGGUUCAACGACCCUCCAGAUGUUUGCACCUGGAGCAGAAAACCCGCUCACAGCGACCGGAUCAGUGUGCUGAAACUCACAGAGCGGCUCAUCGUCUCCGCCUCCCACGACGGGACGGUGAAGCUGUGGGACAGAAACACCAAGAAGCAGGUCGGUAUGUUUGCGUGUGGAGGUCCUGUUUUGCAUUUGGAGGUGAACCCCGUUAACCCCACUGAACUGGUUUGUGGUGACGGGCAGGGGAAGAUCUACUUUCUCUCCUGGAAAGAAUAAUUCUUAGGUAUUCUUAGGUUUAAAAAAAAAAAGCUGAAACACUACAGUAAUUGAUUUGAUUCUUUGCUUGCUUCUCUCACUGAAUGUAAAAGUGAAGUAAAUUUGUUUGAAAAUUUAAAGUAAAAACUAUGUAAUAGUUACAAUAAUAUGUUUACAUGUGCCUUAUAUUUAUAUGGCAAGAAAACUUGAAACUUGAGUUUUAUAUAUGAAUACUAUUAAUUUAAGUCAUGUUUUUUCUUUGGAUGGUAAAUGAGGGAAUUAUAAAUUAUAUUUAAUUUGAUAAUAAAUAUAUUGUUCAAAU